GUAAGAGUAAUCCUGUCUCCUCAAUAAUCCUGCAUGCGGGAUUGAAACUUCUAAUUGGCAUUUGCUAUUCUUUACACAUUUUGUAUGGGUUGAAAAUCAAGCAUUGAAACUUAUGCUUGGAGUGAAUUGGUUAAAUCACAUGACAAUGUCUAGACGAGAGAGGGCAGAGAGCUGUCUUAUUUUGCAAGUUUAUCAAACAUCCAAGUCUCGCAGCAAAAAAAGAAGGUUGUUUUUUUGACUUUGUACUACUGUCUAUAAAGCACAAUUUCUGCUUUCUUGUCUGUUAAAAUAAAUAUCCCACCCCCCAUUUAAUUUUAACCCCCCAUACAUAUGGAAAUUGCACAUUUUUUCUCUGAUUUGCCACAAUCACAUUUAAGAUACUUUUUUGUUGAAACGGUAUCCUCAAACUAGACUUCAAGGCAUUGAAAAAAUAAUCCCGCCUCUCCACUAUACCCGCCUCUCGAAUAAUCCCGCAUUUUUUUGUUGGGUUGAAACGCUACACCCGCAGCCGGAAUAUAAGAGUAAAUACGAUAUCCUUGAUUUUUGAGCUGGGUUCGAGCGAACAACAAUUAAAUGCAUAUAUUCCCUAAACAAAGAAAUAUUUUGUAAGUUAAUGCUGUUUUUCCUUAUAGGCAAAACAUGAGAAGAACAUUGCGAUUCAUAGAAUGCAGGAUGAAAAGGAGAAAUGGCGCAAUAUUUAUAGGCAACAAGCCUACAUUGACAGCGAAAGCUAUCAAAUGAUUAAUGAAGAAACUGUUAUUUCUAAAAAGACCAAAUGCAGAGCUGGCACGUCCAUAGUUAGCCAAAAAAGAAGCAGUUGUUGCUGUUGAGGAGCGCGAAACUGGUAAUGAUAAAGCAGACAAACUGCAGGUUUUCAAAAUACGUCACUUUUUUCUUUCUUUGCUUUUUUUCUAUUUUAAUAAAGAUAUACAUUAUUUUUAAUUAAGCGCUUUUUAAAAAAAUUAGCUCAAUGUCAAUUUACACAUUAGAUCUAGGUCCAGAGGUUGAAACAGGAGAGAUUGUCAACAAUAGCAAAAAACAAUGUGCAAGUUAAGAUAAGAAGAAGAAGAUCGACAAAAGCUAUGAGUGGAUAUGAAGCUGACACGGACAGUGACAGUGAAGUGGAAAGUUUGGUACUCUUACAAGACGAAACUUCCUCCUCCACCAAAUCAAGCAAAUCUGGUAAGAUUCGUGAUUCCUUCUAUUGGAUUCUAUCUAUAACAAAUUAAGUAAUGAUGGCUUAAAUCUAGUUUCUGUUGAUUUUCAAAUUAAUGAUACUUUCCCUUUCCCAGACCUCAUUUGUAGCUUAAUCCUGAUAAAAAAUUAUUAAUUUUUUAUAUAUGAAUAUAAAUAAAGGUUGUAUAUAAUAAGCAUUAUUUUUGUUCAUUGCAUCAAGCUUUUUAUCUCUAUAUCACCCAAACUUGCUUGCUUGGAUUUAAUUCGAAAUUUUUAUAUCAGAUUGAUUUGUUAAAACAGAUGCCUGCUGUAAAUGCGAAAAAGAAUCUGAGUUGACAUUAUCAGAUUCUUCUGCAAGUGAUAUAGAUUAUGACGCGGCUGAUGAGCAAGAAGAAAAAUUUGGUAAGAGAAAUGACUUAUUUUUGGCUCAGAAAAUGGAUUGCCAUCAUAACAAGUAUUAAAGACCAUUUGGAUAAAGGUAGUUCCAUGGCAAAUUAUCAGUGGCGUCACAGCCUUAUUGUACUGUAAUAAUCCUGUAGUAAAUCUGCGCAGGCAAAAGAAGCUAUAAAAAAAAUUAUGUACAAUGCUCCUGGGUCCCCUAGGCGUCAGCACCCACUGGAAUGCAGAAGAUGCAUAUGUUGUUGUGACGACUGUGCAAAUUGUUCUCUCAACUUAUUCACUUGAUAAAGUAAAUGAAACCAUUUUGGAAGCAAAUUAAUUUAAUCAACAAAGCAGUAACUUUAAUGUUAAUCAGCAAUGUUAUUAAACUACAUCAAAUCAAAUUUUAGGAAAUUAUUUGUAAAGGCUUUUUUAUUCGAUCAACAUCUUUAAUAUUAGGUUGAGCUUUACUACAUUACUAAUUAAGUUUUUUAGGCAGAUAUGAGUCCAUGGCCGUCGGAACAGAAGGGGGAAGCAUCCAACGGCACAGGAAUAUCUCCUCUUAGAGGAAUAGGCAUUACAAAAUCAACCAAAAUUUAACCUCUGUUUGCUAAUAUAUUUUAUUUAAGGUACAGCUGCUAAUGAAACUUAUGAUGCAGACAAUGACAAUGAACUGGAUCACUCUUCAAGUAGUUCAGGUACAAUACAAAUUGGACAUGAUUGAACCAAUUUAUUCCUCCAGAUACUUUUUGGACAUUUUAAGGCUCAAGUGUGUUGUUCAAUAUCUAUCGUAUGACAACAGUAACAGUUUAGCUUGAUACUUCUAGUGUAUCGCCUUGCUAAUUAGAGACAAUGAGAUCAACAAUUUGCUUUUCCUCAGGCAGAAAUAGACAGGGAAUAUGCUCGAACAGUUAAAAAAAUUAUAUCAAAAUUAGCAUUUUUUUUAAAAUAAUAGUCAAAUUUCCUACAUUUCUGAAAAUUUGGGAAGCUUGAAAACACAGUUUUUCUGCUUCCUAAACAAAUUUCUUAAUUUCUUGCAGAUUCUUCUGCUAAAGAAGAAAGAGACUUUUCCGAGUCUACAUGGACAUGCGACUCAGAAAGGAGUCCCCUUAAUGUUGGUUGGGGACAAAUGCAAAAGGAAAAACUGAAAUGAAAACGAAUCUUGGACAAUAAUGCAGCGAAUAAAAAAAAGACAAUAGGAUUUAGGAAGCGCCUCUAGGCAUUAGUGGCGAAUAUUAAUUUCGCCAACCCAAAUUCAAUGCCAAAUUCGCCAACAAAUGGCAUAAUUUGCAGACAAAACAGACAAUUUAGCAUUGUAAAAAAAUUUUCCAGGAUCUCAAUAGAACUAUACGAAUAUGAGUUGUUUGACUCAAUUGAACAACCGUUCUACGCUCAAGACUGGAACAAAUUUCCAGCCAUGUGUGAUUAAUUUUCUCCUUGGAUGAGUAAAAAAAAGGAAUAUUUGUAUGACAAGGAAACCGUUUGCGGGGGAUCAGGAUUUUUUGUUGGUGUAGGUAUAAAUUAUGAAAAAUUCAUAACAUUUAAAAGUUUACUGUAUUCGAUUCAUCAAAUAUUAAAAGGUUUGUCAGAUUUUAUCCUUGGCUCUAAUUUGAAUAUGGAAACCAGGGUUGCUUGAGUAGAUGCUUUCUGAAUGCAUGUCAUACAAUUCCUUUGGGUAUUAUUUUAAUUGUAGAAAGAACGUAUCACAAAAUUUUUGGCAAUUAUGGCUUUACUGAAAAUGUUAAUGAUAACGUUGAUGAUGACCAUAAUGGUGAUUGUUCCUGUUAUAACAAUGUUUUGUGUUGUCUCUGAAUUAUCCUCUGCGCAAAUGGUCUGCUCACAAAAUAAAGUAUCAACAUGAUAUCAAGCAGCGAGCACAUGAAGCUGUCCACUUCUCACGACUUUAAAAAGAUACAUCUCGUGCCAUAUCAGGAAGAUGUCUAUAUUUCUGUGUUCAUUUUUAUAAAUUUUCUGCCAAGUAGCUAUUGUUAAAAGCAGUCAUGCAACAACUAUAAUCAUACAAAUAGUGGAUUGUCAAUACAUGUAUAUCUGUAGUAAAUGCCAACGAGGGAAGACUUUUGUAAAGCAAUUUGGCAGGAAAAAGCACAUGGUAAUUGUGAGAAGAAGCGAUCGUCAAAAUUUUCACAUUUGGCAAUUAGCCUCACUGGAAGUGUUUUUCAUGUCAUUUCUAAAAAUAUUUCUUUCAAUCAUUAAUAUGCAACUUUGAUAUGUUUAUGCUUAUCGAUCAUAAGGUUUAAGUCAUGGGCAUAGCAGAUGUUAGACGUAUAGGUGAGCUAAAUAUGUUAGAAACUUGCUGAAUAUCAUAAUGUCAUCAGUAUAGAACUAUCGGAAUAAAGCCUGAAUGUGAUAGCUUUUUCUGCAGCUAUAGACAACAACCCCCUCCCAGCCCCUUUAUCUCCUACGCUCAUGGUUUUAGGAUUAUUGGACAGAGCUAGACAUUUUGUUUGUGUGGUCAUUUAUUCAUGUAGUUGUGUGAAGUAGGUUCAUUAUGAAGGAGUGGCAGUACAUGAAAUAUUUUCACAGCUUAGCGGGCUGUCAACAUUGGUUUCUGGCAUUAAACAGACAAGCAACUAGAAAGCUGAAAUGUGGCUUUGUUAUUGGUCCAAACCAAAAAAUACAGUAUAGAAGAAGGUAUAUGCCGUAUAUAUAGCUUGAAAACCUAUACAUCAUAUUUUGGUUGUGGCUCUAGAGUGGAGAUUCUGGUUUUGAUGCCUAUCAGGUUGCAGGUGUAUUUUUGGCAAAAUACCUUGUUACACCAUCUUACAGAGUCACAGAAAAACCACAUCAACUUUGAGUAGCAAUAAACUAGAGUAUCUGUGUUUUAGCAGCCAAUUUUAUUUGCAUGUCCUUGCAAAUGGAAUCAGAGUUAUGUAAUAGAUGUUGCAGUACCAAAGGCUACUUAUUUAGACUUCUAUACACAAGAUGCUAAGACAAGAUCAAGGAUAAAGAAAACAAUUUGCUGAAUUGUCGUUCAUCUACGAUGAUAGAAAUGGAGUUUUUAAAUAUAAUUUCUAUUUCUGACAUGUCCUGCGUUGGAUAUCUCUGUUUAAGGCUCAUUUAAUUUAAUUUUAUUCAUUUAAUUUUUACAAAGCAAAAAACACUGUUGGCUUUAUACAGUCAAUCAUCUGAGAAUUUGGGUCAUGAUAAAUUGUAGCAGGACUAUGCAGAAUUUUAGUAUCACGCCAAAUGAGGCAAAAUAUGUUGAGGAAGCAACAAGAAAUCAGUCUACUUUCACUGCCUGGUACCAGCAAAUGUUUAGCAGAAUUACUGGCUCUUCCGUAGAAAGACUACAGAUUCUUCUACAGAUUCGCAGUUAAUUUUUCUUUUAGCUGCUGCCAUCUCAAUUUCAGGCAUCUCAUUCCUUUUUCGACUUUUAGAAUUCUGCCGUCUUAAAGACCUUGCAAACAACGAAUCAACCUGUGACUCAGACAGUGUCGCGGUUAUUGGGUCUGGAUUUUCAGCAGUAGGACCUUUCCUUCCAAUGAAAUGUUGUGUGCAGAUGUAAGUGUCCUUUUUAAUCUGGUCUAAUGAAUAAAAAUCUUUCCUCCCGCAUGAAUGUUGCCAUCGCUUUGCCUUCUCUGUCCUCUCGUUUUCUUGCUAAUUUUCCCAUUCAGACAUGUUAGGUUUGAUACGACCAGGCUUUGGAAAUCGUAUAAAUGUUGUUUCAUCUGAAAGUACCCCAGCAACAAUGCUUGGUUGCUCCUUUAGGUCUGGAGACUGUCUUCUUGUUCAUCGUCUACACGGUUACAGGUCUUUCUAAGACACUCUAACACUAGGCCAAACAUUGUUGUCCGCACUCCCUUCCAAGGAUUCAGUGCGUGGAUCAGGAAGAAACUAUAAAUAGAAUCGGGGCGCAGUCCUAUUGCCAUUUGAUUGGUGAAUGUACCAGCAGCAAUCCCAAGCUUGGCAAGAACAAGGUUUAAAUCUGUGAUUCUAUCUUUGUAAUAUAAAACUGCAGAUGCAGUGAUCAUCUCAACAAUGUUUCUUGCUGCAACCAUUCUCUUUAAACAUCUCUGCCAUAUAUGCUUAUUCAAUAACUAAUUUGAAUUUUCUCAAUGACUCAUCUCUCCAAUAAAUUAUCACUACUAAGGUCUUUAAAGAUUGGUGUCACAACUUCUUUUAUUGCUUCUGGCAGGGAUAUCCUUUCUUUUUUGUAUUUUUCUCAGUUAUUUUGUCAGUCUGGAAUUAACACCAGCUGUCUGCAGACCUCAAGCAAAACUUAUGAAGAUCUUCAGUACUUUCAUUCUCUGAAAUAUGGUACAAGACAGCACCAACAGCUUUCUUCAUUGCAUAAAGUUGGCCAACAUUUUGCCUAAUUGCCAAUUCAUAAUACUUCUGUAUUGUGUUAAUGACCUUAUCAGUUAGUCUCCUUUUGCCAACAAUUCUUUUUUCAUGUGAUAACUUCUGACCUGAGAAAGACUUUCACAGAUUUCUAAGGUGUCUGCCCAUUGGCUUCUAGACAUGCCCAGCACAUUCCAGUUUUCUUAUAUCAAGAAUAUGAAUUGCUGUCUCCAUCUCCAAUAUAUCCAGUAAACCUAAGAUUCAGAAAAGGAAUUGAUCUCCUGAAUAUCUCAACAGCCCCAGCAGAUUCCAUUGCCCCAAAACAUCCCUUGUGAUUCAUUAGGCAUUUAUGGGCUGCUUUCCAUACAUCCAACUUUUCUGUUACUUUUAGCAGCUUCCAUUUCUCACAUGCUUUGCAAAUCUCUGAUUUAACCUGAAAAUCAACACAUUCUCCAGAUUCUUUAGCAAUUGCUGUUGCAAUACCAUUCAGAGAUGCAUGUCCAUGUCUCUACCAAGUUCUGUCUAUCAAGACACUACAAUUGACUGGACCCUCUCCAUUGCUCUGAUUGAGCAAAGAUUUGUUAUCUUUAGCAGCAUUUUCAUGCUGCAAACAGCUACUUCAGUGUGACAUAGCUGUAGUAGUUUGACAGCAUUAUUAUAUGCUGGCUUUGACAUUGGUGGAGGCAUGUUAACAACAUUGCUUAGUGUGUACUUAGAUGCCAGGUGUACAUGAGUGGGUACUUAGAUGCCAGGCCCUGACCAAACUCCCUGAAGCCCAUUAUCAUUCUGACAUUGAUUUCAAAUGAGCUUUGGCACAAAAUAAAAAUGACACAAAGGGUCACUCCUGGUCAAUCGAUUGAGAGUGAGUUUUUUAGCGCAUGCGUCACCAAAACGAGGAUAGUAUGUAAAACAAUAAGCAUGAACAAAGCACAUCAAUGAAAAACAACACAAUAAUACGAGAUAGGACUAAGAAAACAAAUUAAACAAUCAGAUAAAGAAUUAAACUAGUAACUUGCCCUGUAUUUGUUGCUUUAUAGCUGAAAAAUACUGCUAUCAAUGGCGGUCUUGCAUCUCACAACUGUAGCAUUGACUAUUAGAUAACACGGAAUUUAAAUAUCGUUUCCAAACUCACGAUCCUUAACGAGCUAAGCGCCUCUGUGUUUUUAUUCACUCUCCUUUUGCUUCAUGAUUGUAUGAAGUGCAGCCUCAGUGACAUUCAAAGGAGCUUGUUUUGAAAUUUGCUGCAUCACACCUGUGAUUGCAAGACAUCCUAGACUACUAGCCUCCUUUCAUGACGGUUAAAAUCGAGAAUUGUAUGUAAAGACAGCGCGGCGCCAGAAAAAAUUGAGUGAGCUUGCAACAAAGGAUGCUGACACGAGUGUCCCUUCUGGUCAUUUCUAUUCUGCGGCUUUGGCCUGGAAAUAAAUUUACUAGGGUUUAUGAUGUCAUUUUCUCUCCCUUCCAAUUACAUUUUUGAAAUGGCAAUAUCAUGAAGUGGGAAACCCAAUAUCUUUCUCUCUAACAAGUUCUUGAUUAUCAAAGCGGCUUUGCAAUUUGGGCAGACAUCAAUGGAAACAAUCUCUUGUAAGGAUGCCAUGCUUAUAAUGACAAAGCCAUCCCUUGCCUCAUGAUUUGUGUGGGUAGAUGACUUGACUCUCUUUGAAGAUCAAAUAGCUAAGAAGCUGCGCUUUACAUUUAUUUUUAGUCUUUUGGGAAUCUCUUGGGCGUAAUUUUCCAAAAUUUGGAGGCAGGACAAACUGGAAAAUUUGAAAAACUUGUUUCAAUGAUUUAUUUUCGGGGUAAAACUUGGAGAUAUUUGUGAGAAAAUUUGAGAAUCAGUUUAGCAUAGAUGACAGAGCAUUUUCACUAUAAAAUAUAAAAAUCGUUUUUUUUAUCAUUUUAUGACAACUUAACGGUUAACGGUUAAGCUAUGACAACAAAUGUUCAAUCACCAAUCUGUCUGGUUUUUUUUCUUUCUCUGUGAGGGUAUCUUGGUUCGGAUUAAAUUUCUUUCAUGUUAGAUUCUGGUACUGCUUCUUUUCUUAUGCUUUUGGUACUCGGUUCUUGUACUUGUGUAGGUAGUGGAAUUGUUUCUUCUGUUGUAGUUGGAAUCUCUGUUGGUAGAACUUCCUCAUAAAUUGUUUGAAUGUACCUUUGUCUAAUCUGUGUGCAGUAUCUUUUCCAAACUACAUCCUGAAAUUGGACUUCAUAAUUUCUUGGGCUAGUUUUAUGAAAUCUUGCAAUAAGAUAAUCAGUGCAUUGAUUUAAUAUAAGUGUAUACUAUUCCUAUAAUUUCUCUGAAGUUAUUUAAGAUCAUCUGGGCACUAGUUUGCAAAUGUUUAAUUUUCAAGUCCGUUAUCUUCAUGUUACAAUUAAAACAAGGUGUUACAGAUCAAUGAAGAAAAUAAGGCCCGCAUUAUUUAAAUGUAUUUAUUUGUUUAAAACCCAAUGCAAUAUCAGCCAAAUGCUCAUGUGUUGAUUGGGUUGAGUGGAUACUGUCAUCAUUCAAUUGGUCUUUUGUUUUACCUGGCGCAUUAUGAGCAGCUUCAAUUUCUGCCAAAACUCCUUGUAAUGCCUACAUAUUUUGCUAAUUUUGUGCUUUUUUGUAUGUCUCCUUGAACUUGAUCCUGAGCCACUUGUGGCUACCCUUCUGUCAAGCAUAAGCCAGAUUCAUCAGAUACCAACUGCAGCUUGCAAGUUUUGAAAUGUUUCUAAAGGAAGUGUCUUGUCUUACCAACAGAGUUAUUCUGUGGAAUAUGUUAUUAAUGAUGAUACAUGUAGUGCCUGCCAAGACCUUCCUUUAGAAACAUCAGGGGACAGGUUUGAGAACAGUUUUUCUCUUUUACUUCACAGAAAAAGCAAGCAUUGCUUGAUUUUCUUGAUGAAACUGAGGAAAUUGUGACUGACAUCCACGAUAAAACGGUUUCUCAAUUCACAAUGGAAUUUUUAAGGAUGAAAAGAAUUACAACCAGUAAAUUUUGACUUGUUUCCAAAUAAUUAGCUAUUUUGAGAUGCUUCUAAAACAACUAAACUUAAAUAUGCAACUACAAUUUUUGCACAGAACCUAAGGAAAACACAGUUAACUUGUUUCCGUCAGGGCUGAUUAUUAAUGAUCUCCUUGGCUUGGGUCCAGCCCUGAUCAAAAAGUGUCUGACUUAUCCACUGUGAAUUCUGGGCAGAAUCUUUUUGGCCUUCUCGAGAUAAAGGUGGUAUAAAAGGGACAUUUUUGCAAUGUUUGGCCUUCUCGAGAUAAAGGUGGUAUAAAAGGAACAUUUUUGCAAUGUUGGUUAUCUUGAACUGAGCCCAAACACUGGGGCAGACAAUCUGAAAAGCAACCAUAUUUACUUUUUCCAAGUUCAGUGUCAACUUGGCAUCACUGGGCGUUAAUGAUGCGACAUCAAUGAAUGACAGCUUCUUUAUUUGUGAUCGAAUAAUUUUUGAGAAAGAAUUCUUUCAAGAAGCAAAACACCGAAUGGAUAUAUUUUUUCACUAUUUUUGUAACAGGUUUUUUAACAACUAUUUAGUGUUUAAUUCAUGAUUAAGUAGAGAAUUGAUUUCUUUUGCUUGUAAGUAAGUUUGUUAGCAAAGUGUAAUUGUAUACAUUUGGUUAAAUGACAGUAAUGUAGAGAGUGGAAUGUCUGCAUCAAAAACGUGAUGUUAUUUUAUCCUUCCAAUUGCUCUCUCAACUUGUAUACAAAGUUUGGCGAUUAGUUUUGUUUCUUGCACAUCCACCGGUUGAAAUUGUGUCUGAUUUUUAAAAAGGAAUAUUAAGAACUACUCCUUUUUAUUUCAGUAAAUCCUCCACAUCAAAACCUUCAUCUGCCAUCACUGCAUCACCUGGUUCUGGCAAUUCCAAUAUUCCGCUGGAACUUUUUGUUUCUUUAUAGGAGAUCGAACCUGUGUGAAGUGACGAUAGAAAAGAAAUUGCACCUCAAGGUGUUUUUCCUAUCAGCCCCUUCAUUGCAGUGUUUGAGUGGAUAAAUAAAGUUGUGAGUAAUGAAGCAGGAGGUGGUGGUGUCUCUACAAAAAUUUCUUUAAAGUCAAUUAUGACUCUUGUUUCCAGAUACAUCCUACAAAAGCCAUGUGGCAUAUGCUUUUGGAUGCACUGCCUUGUUGGCCAAAUUGGCUGACUGCCCAGGAAGGAAUACAAGUAAUUCACCAAAGUUGUCAUCUUUCUACUAAUUGAAGAAAUAUUCAUUUGGAAUCAAUCUGCUACAAUCACUGCAAAAUAUGCUUGGAACACCUAACACUUUGCACUGUGCUUUUCUAUUUUCCUUUGUUUUCCUGAACACUUCUACUUCCCUUCCUUUUCCCCCAAAAUAAUUUUGAAAGUAUAGAAGAACAUCAUACAUGAAAAUGGUUCUCUUCUAUCAUAAAUCAAGAAUGUUCCUAGGGGGAAAGUGGAUGGCUGAAUUUGCCUUGGAAAACUGAUGUUAGUGUUUUGACAGCAAUGAUUGUCGAUCAUGCUUAAAUAAACCUAAAUUAAGCCAGACAAGGCAGAGGAACGUCAAUCGUCAAUCUGUUGGAGUUGUCUUGAAGCAAGUCGAAUUUAUCCUUCUCUUCAAGCAUAACAAUACUUUUUGAACUGAGUCCCUAUUUUAGCAAGUUCGAAGAAUGUUUUCAAAUGAGAAUAGCUUGAAAACCCCCAUAUAAAAUUUGAUUGAGGCACUGUCUGUUGAGCAUCACUCAUAGCCAAAUAUUGAAACUUCACUUGAAUUCAUUGUAGACCUUGGCAGCUCAACCAUCUCUCUACAAACUUUUCUAUCUCCUCUUUCGCCAGUCUUUUGCAGGGUUGCCAACUGGCCUACUGGGAGGCCAGAUUCCAGAAAUCUGGCCUAAUUGGAAAGACUUUUGCUACGAACAUUUCCAUUUGGCCUCCACCUAUAUUUUGGCUAUAAAUUGGCCUAUUGUCAUUUGAUUACACAAUUUCUGUGUUUUUUCGGUUUUACUAAUUUUAUCUGUAUUAUGAUUAAGAAUUAUGAUUGAUUUAUGAAAAAUUUCUCGUCAUCAAAUUACUUGUAAUUGAUUUUUGUUUCUGCCAAUGUACAAUCUAUUGUUAUUAAUCCCGGAUGAGGUGCUUGUGUGACCCAGCUAUCAUGUGCGGGGUCAUCGGACUGUAAGUUCAUUAUACGCUCCAUUGCAGAAGCCAAGUCAUGUAAAAAUUAUUCUCGAAAGUAGUACAGAUAGUAAGAGCUGAGCAAAACACUUGAAUAAACUGCAAGAUGGCUUCAAAAUGGAAAGGAAGUUACGAUAGUUCAAGAAAGUAUAAGAAGAGCUGGGAGAAGCAAUAUGUAUGGCUGUCAGAAUCACCAGAUGGUAAAGGGAAUGCAUACUGUAAACUCUGUCGCAAAUCUCUUCAAGCGAAACUUUGGUCAAUCUCCAAGCAUGAAAGCUCUUCUGAGCACUCAACUAGAAUCAAAGAAACUCAGCAAAUGAGACCUUUAGCUGUAGAAAGACGCCCUCGACCAGGGACAACCAAACGGGAUGUUAAAGAAGCAGAAAUUCAAAUAGCUGUUGGCAUAGCCUGUCACUCUGCAAUCCUUGCCGUUGAUCAUUUGGGCGAAUUAAUGGUUCAGCAUGGCAAAGGAAGUGCUUUGGGGGAAAUGCAACUCCACUGUACAAAAUGUAGUCAGUUGAUAAAAAAUGUUGUGUCACCAUCUUUGAAAUCGAGCUUCAAAAAGAUGUAGAAGGGAAAGGUUUUUCAGUGCUCAUUGAUGAGUCCACAGAUGUUGCCGCGAAAAAAGAACCUUUGUAUAUGCAUUCGAUACUUCAGUGAGCAAGAAAUGCAAGUGGCCACAGCGUUCGUUGGAAUGAUAGAAGUUGUCGGAGCGACGGGUGAAAACUCAUUUCAGGCAGUGAAAACUGGUCUUCAAACGGUUGGACUAGAUCUGCACAACUGCUUUGGCUUUGCAAGUGAUGGUGCUUCUACAAUGGUCCAGGAUUCGGGAAUCGUCGCCAAAUUGUAUACGGAUGAAAUGUAUUUGUCAUUCACUGGCUUUGUGUGUCCAACAUGCAUUCGAGAAGAUGCCAGCGAAUCUUGGCUUUCUUCUGAAGGAAAUACCGAAGUGGUUUUCGAAAAGCAUUUUACGAAGAGAGGCUUUCCACCAGCUCAUAGACGUCAUGAAUCCAAAUAAUGAGCACGCAGGUAAACCAAUGCCAUUCCAGAAAAUGUCUGCAACUCGAUGGCUUGUCAGAGGGAAGGUGCUUUUCAACAUUCUUGUCAAUUGGGAGGAACUGAAAGCGUAUUUUUUGGUAGAAGAGCCCAAUUGUAAAUCAGAUGUUCGCUACAAAGCAAGAAUGUUGCUGAGCAUGUUGAAUGAUGACAUCAACCACCUUUAUUUUCAUUUUCUCUCUCCAAUCGUGACAGAAUUUGAACGAGUUAAUGCGUCAUUUCAAGCCACAAAUGCAGAUCCUGAAGACAUGGUCAAACAGCUCUUCCUGCUCCACAGCACUCUACGCUACAGAAUAUAUGGCUCAGGCGAUGAAGUUCUGCCAAACUCUCGUGUUGAUUUUGGUGUGAAAUUUGUCAUGGAAUCACAAAAGUAUAUUCAUCAUCACGGAAAUUCUGCUGAAGCGAAAGUGAAGGUAGAGGAAGUGUAUAACCGAUGCCAGAGUUUUCUCGUUGAAGCGCUUACACAGGUUGAAAAUAGACUUCCUGGGAAUGAAACUAUUUUCAAAGGCCUCAGCUACCUGUCCCCAGCGACAGUUCUCUCUCAGGUUGACCGUGUGCCGUUUUAUUCUUUACCCAUGCUUCACGUCAUGGCUGAUAUAUCAUCAGUUGAAGAAGAAUAUCGCAGGAUCCUUCAUGUCGACUGGGCAGGCGAAAGCGUUUUUAAUGGAUUUGUCCCAAGAGAUUCAGCUGAAUUUUGGUGUGGAAUUUUGAAGUACACAUCUAGUACAGGAGAGCAACCAUUCAAAAGAUUGGCUCUUUAUGCUUUAACAGCCCUUGCGACCCUAGUGAGCAAUGCCAUAUGCGAGAGAGUGUUUUCACACGUCACUAAUGUAAAAACAAAGCUAAGAAGCAGAAUGCGUCUUGAUAUGCUGGAUGCUGUAAUCAGAAUUCGAGUUAAUUUCAAGUUUGGGCAAAAAUGUUGCCGAGAUCUCAGAGUUUCACCAGAAAUGCUUGAGUUGUUCAAUUCUACAAACAUGUACAACCAAGGGGAAACUUCUGCAGAUGCAGAUGAAGCUAACUUGAAUGCAUACUUGUGAAAAAUUUUGUAACGACAA